UACCCAGGCGCCCCAGACAACUCUUUCAAGGCGUUUAACUGAAAGGGAGGACACCGAAGUGGAACUGAACUUGGAGAGGAAUGUCAGGUCAAGAGAGGGAACGUCACAGCCAGCGGGGGCUCUGAGCAGGCCAUUUCAGUUAGGAUUACUUUCAUGAUUAUUCUCCUGUUCUACACCUGGCUGCUGAAUAAAGUCCCAUCAGGGUCUUGUUAUUCAAAAGAAAUGUCCUUGUGGUGGGUAUGUGUUUUGUCAACAUGACAUCCCGCCCAUCGGUGUAUUGGUUCAACAUUUCUAGUUUGUUGAAAGAUGGAAGGCUCUGAUAUUGUUCACUUGGGUUUGCUUUGCUGGGACAACCCCCCACUGGUCCCCUGCUUUUCAGAGCCCAGUGAGAACCCCCAAGGCUGCUGGGCUCAGGUCCCUCCCCGGCCAACCUUCUUAGCCCUGGCCCCGUGGGUCCCUCCACUGUGGUGAAUUGCAGAGGUCCAACUAAAUGUGGCAUAUGGUAGCCACACAGAAAGUUCCAGAAAGGCAGGGGCUUUCUGUCAGGCCCCUUGAACUCUUUCAUGCCCCAGAACACCCCUCAUGAGUGCCUGGGGAGAGGAGGGAUCCCGUGAGUACUUAAUUAUUGCACCACACACCACUGACACAGCUGGAGAGCUGUAGGCCAACCUGUCCUUUCCUGGAGACAGUGGGCCAAGGUCCUGGAGCAGCCAGCAAGGAAGGGCCCAAAGGGCCAAGUGCUCAGCAGGCAAAGACCAAGGCUGGCUGGACUGGGCCAGACACCUGUGCCUGAAACACCUACAGAUUCUUGGAAGGCAAAGUGCUCUCAGCUGCCUUGGAUGAGGUCUCUAGAACCUUAAGGAGUCUGUCUAUGCCCGGCUUCGGUAAGCCCCAGGGAGCGCGUCUUCUUACAGACAAGUCCCCUACACACACAGACACACACACACAGCCUGAGCCAUAUACUCUCACACAUUCGAACAAGCCUCAGGCGUCAGCAGGGCGUUCCCGCAGCUGUUGCCCACCCCCCUCCCACCCGCCCCCCAGGGGGAGGUGAUGUCCCUGAGGGAACCGAGGUUCCUGGUCCCAUCCUAAGUGCCGCUGGAUCCCACGUGACAUAAACAGGCCCCUUGCUGCUGUUGCUGCUGGGGAGUUCUGAGCUGGGUGCCGGGGCCGGGCCGGCGCCAGGCACAGACACUUCUGCCCUUGUUGGGAGAACAGAGAGAGGCUCUCUUGUCCACGGCCUGUCCUCCGGCUCCAACUGCCGGUUCUUCCAGUGGCCUCUCCUCAGGCUGCACAGAGCCCACCUGAUCGCUGCCAUAGAAUGGACUCUAGCCGGGCUGGGAUGCCCAGUCCUCUGCCCUCAAGGGCCAAUGGGAACAUCAACCUGGGACCUUCGGCCAACCCAAACGCCCGGCCCACCGACUUUGACUUCCUGAGAGUCAUUGGCAAAGGGAGCUAUGGGAAGGUCCUGCUGGCCAAGCACAAGUCUGAUGGGAUGUUCUACGCAGUGAAGGUGCUGCAGAAAAAGUCCAUCUUAAAGAAGAAAGAGCAGAGCCACAUCAUGGCGGAGCGCAGUGUGCUGCUGAAGAAUGUACGGCACCCCUUCCUUGUGGGCCUGCGCUACUCCUUCCAGACGCCUGAGAAGCUCUACUUCGUCCUGGACUAUGUCAACGGGGGAGAGCUCUUCUUCCACCUGCAGCGGGAACGCCGGUUCCUGGAGCCCCGGGCCCGGUUCUACGCCGCCGAGGUGGCCAGUGCCAUUGGCUACCUGCACUCCCUCAACGUCAUUUACAGGGAUCUGAAACCAGAGAACAUUCUCUUGGACUGCCAGGGACACGUGGUGCUGACGGAUUUUGGCCUCUGCAAGGAAGGGGUAGAGCCUGAGGAUACCACAUCCACAUUCUGUGGCACCCCUGAGUACUUGGCUCCAGAAGUGCUUCGUAAAGAACCUUAUGAUCGGGCAGUGGACUGGUGGUGCUUGGGGGCCGUUCUCUACGAGAUGCUGCAAGGCCUGCCACCAUUCUACAGCCAAGACAUGUCCCAGAUGUAUGAGAACAUUCUGCACCAGCCGCUGCAGAUCCCUGGGGGCCAGACUGUGGCUGCCUGCGACCUCCUGCAAGGCCUUCUCCACAAGGACCAGAGGCAGCGGCUGGGCUCCAAAUCAGACUUUCUUGAGAUAAAGAAUCAUGUAUUCUUCAGCCCCAUAAACUGGGAUGACUUGUACCACAAGAGGCUGACUCCGCCCUUCAACCCAAAUGUGGCAGGACCUGCUGACUUGAAACACUUUGACCCCGAGUUCACCCAAGAAGCUGUUUCAAAGUCCAUUGGCUGCACUCCUGACAAUGUGGCCAGUAGUUCUGGGGCCUCCAGUGCCUUCCUGGGAUUUUCCUAUGCACCAGAGGAUGAGGCCAUCCUGGACUACUAGAAGAGAAGUGUUCCUAGACUAGUGUAACCACUGAAGACAGCUGGUAUCCUUCAGGAAUUAUCUUCCUUACCUAAUGCUGCUAGUAACAGAGACUCAGAGUAACAAGGACUUACAUAAGGUUACAUAUAUCUUUCCAGCACAUAAAGGAAGAAUGUUGUUAGGUGGUCCAAGGCUGGUUGGACAGGUCUUCAGAUACUGAGGCUUUCUGUAUUUCUGCUGUGCCGUCUUCGGCAAUUGGCUUCCAAUAUUAGGAUUGCUGCAUUGCCACAAAGUGGUUGCUAGAGCUCUAUAGUCACUGCUUCUGUGUCCUGGGCAAGGAGAAUGGAGGCAAGGAGGGGAGAGCAAAAUAGCACCUUUACGGAGCUUCCCCACAAGCACCCACCAAUGGCUUCUGCUCAUUAGCCAUCCACUCCUACCUGCAAUGGAGGCUAGGAUAUGUGGUUUAUUAGCUGGGCACAUUACCACCCUUAAAAACACAGGCUCUGAUGCUAAGAAAUGUGGGGUAGGUAACCAGCAUCUCUCUACCAAAGGAUCUCUAGGUGUUUGGAUUUUUAUCUCCACGUGUAAAAUGACAGAGAUGUCAUUUUAUAUGUCACCUCUAGGCUAUCCCCCAGCAUGCUCUCAUUUUUCUCUGUUGAUGGUGUCUUUUUCUUUGUUGUGGGUGGUAUUGGACAUUUGUUUUUAGGUUUGCCUGCCUGACAUCUGAACCCUUUCCUAUGUCCAGAGAAUCUCCCAGCUCGUGAGCCCCGAUGAAGGGCAGUAAUUACCUCUACUUACAGUGGCUGAAAAUGCUAGAUAACUGACUUUCCCAGCCUCCCCUGCUGUGAGGGCCAGGCAUGUGGCCCAGGGACGCACCUGUGCCAUAUUCUGACUCAAGAAAGGGACUAGAACCUUUCAUGUGGUAACUGUGGUAACAGUACCCACAAAACCGAGUAGGAUGGAUCAUAUUGCCUUAUUUCCGUGGCAAAGUGGUUCUUUCUUUCUUUCUUUUUUUUUUUUUUUUUUUUUUUGGUCCCCCACAGACCUGUGGUUCAUCAGCUACUUCAGGGUGGGCUCAUUGGCUUUUUGGCUUGUGGACAAGGAGAGAACUUUAACAUCAGUGUGUGCUGGUGAUUUUACUGCUUUCUCUUCCUUUUUUUUUUUUCCCCUCAGCUUCUUGCCCCAGAAAUAACAGGGGAUGGUGCUGGAAAGCACACCAAUGACACUAACACUGACCUACUCAAAGCUGCAUCAGGAAGAGUUACUGUUACCCUAGGACAUGUGCUGAGAACUUUCAAAGAAACGCUCUGAUUUGGUUUCUAUCACAACAGCACCUGUUAAUUGACAAAUGUGGAACAUGAUGGAGAGCCCCAUUCCCCCAACUUCCCAAAGCAAAAAGCAAGAGUGUAAUUGUCAGUAACGUGAUAGUACUGUCAAAAGUACACAACCUGCUAUUAUGGGUUGUGAAACACAUAAUGCUUCCAUGUGGUCUAAGAUUGUAAAGUCACAAAAUUUUCACCAGGAUAGAGAAUAAAAAUGGAGAACUGAUAU